AUGGAACUCGACACUAAUAUUCCAAAUUCUCCCAAACCUGGUGAUACCUUUUAUGUUCGAAUGAAUAAUGGUGUUAUUCAUACUGCUGAAAUUCUCGAAACUCGCACUGUUGAUGGAUCUGAUCAACAAGAAUACUUUGUACAUUAUCUGAACUUUGACCAUCGAAAUGAUCAAUGGAUACCAGAAAGUCGAUUGUCAAGCGCUACUAGUAAUGAACAAACAGAAAUGACAAGUGAACAAUUGAAUGAUUCGACCAAUAGUUUAACUGGAAGAAAACGUGCACGACUAAAACGUCGUUUGAAUGACGAUCCGACCGAUUUUUCACAUGAUUCAUCGUUUGAAACGGUGGAUCAAAAUGCACGAAGAGAUUACAAACCAAAUGUGAAAUAUAUCGAAAAAAUCUGGCUUGGCCGGUAUGAAAUCGAUUGUUGGUAUCAUUCACCAUUUCCUGACGAAUAUGAAAAGCAACGAUUGCUCUAUAUUUGUGAACAUUGUAUGAAAUACAUGCGUCUGAAGAGCACCUAUUCUCGGCAUCUAGCAGAAUGUCUCUUGCGCAGACCGCCGGGCACAGAAAUAUAUCGAGAUCCUAAAAUUGGCUGUGCUAUUUAUGAAGUUGAUGGUGCUCAGCAUAAAUUAUUUUGUCAAAACUUAUGUUUAUUAGCCCGUCUAUUUCUCGAAUCGAAAGUCAUUUGUUUUAAUGUGUCAGAGUUCUUGUUCUAUGUUCUGAUGGAGUACGAUGAUACCACGCAGAAGGAACGUUUUAUCGGAUACUUUUCCAAAGAAAAGGACUCAGCAUUCGGAUAUAAUUUGUCUUGUCUUCUAUGUUUACCACCUUAUCAAAGGAAAGGAUACGGAAAAUUGUUAAUUCAAUUCAGUUAUGAAUUAUCUAAAAUCGAAAACGUCGUGGGUGGUCCAGAAAAACCAGUCAGCGAUUUGGGACAUAAAGCAUAUCUGAGUUACUGGACUUGGGCACUACUGAACGUGCUAAAAGAGAAACCAGAAAUCGAAAUUGAUGAAUUGAGUGCCAUAACAAGUAUCAGCACAGAAAAUUGUCUGGAAACGUUGAGUUCCUAUGGUUUUAUCAAAUAUUGGCGGCAAGGCCAUUUUGUUUGUGCUUCAAGAAAAGGUAUCGAUGCUCGCCUUCAGGAAUUACAUGCGAAGAAAUUCCUGAUCAUCAAUCCACAAUUAAUCAACUGGCAACCGAGGGUGAAAGGAAAAGCUGGAAAACAUAGUAAAAUGUUUCCUUUUUAA